UUGACCGCCCGUGGAAUUGACUUUAUCGGACAUGAAGACUGGCUCUCUUCUAGUCCAGAUUUAAACCCACUGGAUUACAAGAUAUGGCAACAUUUGGAGGAGAAAGUCUGCGCUAAACCUCGUCAGAAUUUGGAAUCUCUCCGGGCAUCUUUGGCUAAAGCAGCGGCAGAAAUAGAUAUGAAUGUGGUCACCCCUGUUAUUGGGCACGCCACUAUCGCGGCGAUAAGACCCCUCUUUGAGGAGUGGCUUGAGAGACGCCACGGCGUCCUCACCUUCCGCCUGACGCAGGUCCUCACCGGACACGGUGUGUUCGGGAGGUUCCUGUACCGAAUCGGGCGGGAGGAAACGGCCGGGUGCUCCCACUGCGAGGAUCGACCGGAGGACACGGUGGAGCACACCGUGGAGGUGUGCCCUGCCUGGGCGGAGCACCGCCGUGUCCUCGUAGCGGCGAUAGGCGGCGGCGACCUCUCGCGUCCGGCCCUGGUCGAAGCCAUGGUCCGGAGCGAGACGGAAUGGGAUGCCGUCACCACCUUCUGCGAAGCAGUGAUGCUAGCGAAGGAGGUGGUGGAGCGGGAGAAGGAGAGAGCAGCAGCUUUCCUUCCCGGCCGCCGCGGGAGACGCCCCGGGCGUCGGGGGCUACGUCGUGACCCCCGGCCACCGUAG